AUGUGCCCUCCUCCGGCUCUGCCUGCGUUGAAUGCGUGAGGAGCCCCCGGCGUGCGCGAGCCAUGUCGCAGCUGCUGCACAUAGAGAUCCCCAACUUCGGGAACACCGUCCUGGGCUGCCUCAACGAGCAGCGGCUGCUGGGGCUCUACUGCGACGUCUCCAUCGUGGUGAAGGGCCAGGCGUUCAAGGCGCACCGGGCCGUGCUGGCCGCCAGCAGCCUCUAUUUCCGCGACCUCUUCAGCGGCAACAGCAAGAAUGCGUUCGAGCUGCCGGGCACGGUGCCGCCCGCCUGUUUCCAGCAGAUCCUCUCCUUCUGCUACACGGGCAAGCUCACCAUGGCGGCCAGCGAGCAGCUCGUGGUCAUGUACACGGCCGGCUUCCUGCAGAUCCAGCACAUCGUGGAGAAGGGCACGGACCUCAUGUUCAAAGUGAGCUCGCCGCACUGCGACUCGCAGACGGCCACCAUGGAGGAGCCCGGCUCGGAGCCGCAGAGCCCGUGCGCGCCGCUGCCGCCCGCCGCGGCUCCCUACGGCGUCGCACCCUCCGUGCCCAUCCCGCUGCUCGCCCGYGUCAAGCACGAGAGCCUCGAGCUGCAGGCGGCCGCCGGGCUGCCGGGCAAGCGGCCGCUCGAGGCCGGUGCCCGCGAGGCCGCCAACGCGGCCGGCCCCGCCGCCGGCGCCCUCAAGCUCUCGCGCGUCUCCUACUACGGCGUGCCCAACCUGGCCACCCUGCUGCCCGCCGUGCCGCAGGUCGCCUACUCGCAGGGCGAGCGCACGAGCCCCGGCGCCAGCAGCCUGCCCACCACCGACAGCCCCACGUCCUACCACAACGAGGAGGACGACGAGGACGACGAGGCCUACGACACCAUGGUGGAGGAGCAGUACGGGCAGAUGUACAUCAAGUCCUCAGGGGAAUACUCYGUUGCUCAAGAAAAGCCAGAGCAGAUCCCGCUGGAGAAUCGUUCCUGCGUCCUCAUCAGGCGGGACCUGGUCGCGCUGCCGGCCAGUCUCAUCAGUCAAAUCGGAUACCGCUGUCACCCCAAACUCUACUCAGAGGGAGACCCUGGGGAAAAACUAGAGCUCGUCGCAGGUUCGGGUGUUUACAUCACUCGGGGACAGCUGAUGAAUUGCCACCUGUGCGCGGGGGUGAAGCACAAGGUUCUCCUGAGACGUCUGCUGGCCACCUUCUUUGAUCGGAACACGCUCGCCAACAGCUGCGGCACCGGGAUCCGGUCGUCCACAAGCGAUCCCAGCCGGAAGCCGCUGGACAGCAGGGUCCUCAACGCCGUGAAACUGUAUUGUCAGAAUUUUGCCCCGAGCUUUAAGGAAAGCGAGAUGAAUGUGAUAGCAGCCGAUAUGUGCACCAACGCGCGCCGCGUCCGCAAGCGCUGGCUCCCGAAGAUCAAGUCCAUGCUGCCCGAAGGGAUGGAGAUGUACCGCACRGUGAUGGGCUCCAGCACAAACAGUGUCCCCCUGGACGCCGAGUUCCAGCCCAACACCGCUCAGGUCUUCGAGCAGCGCAUCUAUGCAGAGCGGAGGAGCGAGGCGGGGACUAUAGUAGCCCUGAGAACUAACACGGUAAACGUAGAUCUAAGCAACGGCUCCAACCCGUCCUUUGAACAGAGCGAGGAUGCCGAAGGCGCUGGCUCCGUUAUACAGGAGGCAGCUGCCACGGAGGCGCUGGCAUCGGAUACCCAAAGCACUCCACAACCUUUCGAGCAGGGCUCGGGCUCCGCUAGCCGGCCAGAAACUCCCGUGAGAAGACAGGAUGGUACUUACGGAGGGACUUUAUAGAGAGAGCUCAUGGUUUGCGACCUAUAAGGGAUCUGUAAUACUAAAGCUGCUUGCAUGCGUUACUAAUACAAAACAAACAAACAAAAAAAAAUGUGAUCAAGCCACUUACCUACUGAACUGCUACUGUUGCCUGAAAAAAAUGUGAUUUUUAUUCUGCUUGUAUUUAAAAUUUAUGAAGGAAAUAAUCGCAUUCGUUAUACUGUAAACGACUAGGUCUGUGGCGA